ACGACUAAGAGCUUUUAAAGCUGCAAUGGGAAACUUUUAAUUCGUCUUUUAUUUAAAGCUUAGAUGUUUUUCCUCCAGUUAGUAAUUUUUAUAUAAUGUUCUCUAUUGGUGUAGUUGUGAUUAUGAAGUUAAAUGAAGAACGAAUUAAAGGGAGAUGUAACCGAAAUGCAGAUGCCAUCUGUAUAUUGGCGCAAUAAUGACGUAACUGGUUUAUAAAUACAAUCGGAUUUUAUCACGUACAACAUCAAAACAAUUAUAUUACACUAAUAAAAAAAAAUGGAUUUAACAGAUCCAUUAUUAAUUACAAAGUCUCAGCAAGUCAACAGCCAAGAAGUUGAUUUUCAGAAAAAAACUGAGGAUACAUUUCCUUCAAAGUUUCAUAAAAAUAAAGCUAGUUGUGGACUUUUGGCUGUUAAUGAAAGUCGCUGUACAGACCAUCAAUUACAAUGUGAAAACAAUAUCGUGGGGUUGUCAUUAGAAACUCAAAUUGCAGAAAAUUCUUCAAUAAAUGUUUCGAGAGAACUUAAACCUCACGAUCACACUUUUCCGAAAGAUAAACAAACUUUUAAACAAAUAUCAGAUGAAUUAAGGAAGUCAUAUGAAAAUAUUAAUAAAGUUCAGAAUAUUAAAAAAUCCCAGUCUGUAGAAAAUUUUGAAAAAUGUUCUGAAAUAAAUUUAGCCAAUAAAUGUUUAUAUACAAAUUUAAAUACAAGUCCUAAGGAAAGAAAUGCCUUGGAUAAGCAAGCAAUGUUUAUUAAAUUUCAUUCUCUGGAAUUGUGCACUGAUAAAGUAUGUAGUCUACACAUACAUGAAAACUUUUGUACUGAUAUCCAUAAAUGCGUAGUCGAUUCCGAAUCGAAUAAGCCAAACAAAAUGAAAAAGUGCUUAGAUUAUGAAAGCGUUAAAAGGUAUCCUUGUAAAGUUUCUAAUGAACCACCUCAACAUAAUACGGCAUCAAAACCUCAAAUCUUAUAUGAGACUCGUCCUAUCUACCCGAAUGUACCGUAUAGCCCUUAUAGUACUCCUUUCAGUAGUCCUCGAUCUAGUCGACGGAAACCAGCUUUUCGGGAGUCUAGAAGGAUAUCGAUUGAUAAAUCUGGAAGUUUUCUUCAGUUAAACCAAUAUAGACUAAUGGAACAAAUUGGACAGGGAUCCUACGGACUCGUUAAAUUGGCUUACUCCGAAGAAGAUUCCACUCAUUAUGCAAUGAAAAUUCUUUCAAAAAAACGUCUCCUGCGUCAAGCUGGUCUUAUGCGGCGAGGACCUCGGAAAGCAACAUCACCUCUAGAUCGAGUUUACAGAGAAAUAGCAGUUUUAAAGAAACUUGAUCAUCCAAACGUCGUAAAGUUGGUAGAAGUGCUGGAUGACCCACUUGAAGAUUCAUUAUAUAUGGUUUUUGAAUUGGUAAAACAAGGUGAAGUUCUUAGGAUUCCAACAGAUAAUCCCUUGUCUGAAAAAAGGGCUUGGAGUAUAUUUCGGGAGUCUUUACUUGGAUUGGAAUAUUACACAAUGUUGUCUUCCUCGGCAAUAUCUUUGAAACGGAUCUUCGUGUAUACGGUGCAUCAUCAAAAAAUUAUCCAUGCCGACAUUAAGCCUGGAAAUUUAUUAUUAACUGAAUUUGGACAUGUAAAAAUAGCUGAUCUUGGCGUAUGCAAUGAGUUCCUUGGAGAUGAUGCAACAAUAAGUAAUGGAUCAACGGCUGGAACUCCAGCUUUCAGGGCUCCUGAAACUCUUAUCCCUGGACAGAACGAAUAUUGUGGCAGGGCGGCAGAUGUCUGGGCCUUAGGCGCUACUCUAUAUUCCUUAAUAUUCGGAAAUGUGCCGUUUCUAGCUGAUUCAGUACCCUUACUGUAUGAAAAAAUUAAACAAGAUUCUGUCAAAUUUCCAGAAAACCACAAAGUAACUGAAAAUUUAAAAAGUUGCAUAGUUCAAAUGUUGGAAAAGAAUCCGACGCAGAGAAUUACUAUUCCCCAGUUAAAGACUAGUAAAUGGGUAACUUCUGAUGGGGACUAUCCCUUGCCGACCGAAGAAGAAAAUUGUUGCUUGGUACAAGUAGACGACGAAGAUAUAGACUCCGUCGUGCGCAGCAUUCCUAAAUUGGACACACUUAUAUUAAUUAAAACAAUGUUAAAAAAGCAUUCAUUUGGCAACCCGUUUGUAAAAGGAUGUUCUGGAACAUCAUCAUCACUCGCGGGCUGCUCGAGGAUUGAAAGGUUCAUACGCGCAGGUCGAUCUAAUUCAGCACCUGGUUCAUAUCAUAUGUCAACAGCCAGACAGCCUUCGUCGGAUACUCUCCUGCCAUCACUAAUGGAACAUUGCUCUACUCAAUGUAAUGAAGGAACUCAUAGUUUUGAUUAUUAGAAACCGCUUGUCUAACUAUUAUUUAUAAGUAUAAGUUUUCAUAGAACAAAAAAACCAAUUUUUUAUUUUUGAAUUUGACAGUUUCCAAAAGCCAAACACUUGAAAUACUUUAAAAUAUUUAAUUAUUAGUGAUUAAAUUUAUGUAUAUUUUUUUGUGAUAAAAAUAAAUUUAGAAUAUUAUAAAGUUUUUGGGAAAAUG